AUGAACCAAGUUUUACGUGAAUUUGAAACAAUAACAACGACAAGAUUUUGUUCGUUCUAUUCCAAAGAUUUUGGAAAACAUCACGAUCGAGGUAUUGGAAAAGAUCAAGUUGAAAUCCACAACUACGCCUAGAUAAGUAUCGCUCAGUAAUGAACCUCACCUAGAGCUCUCACGCAUUGAGCGUGACUCACGCAAACAAAUUCAAUCUUACGCUCUCACGCUGAAACUAGCUUUCUAAUUUAAACUGUUGAUUUUGAGAUAGCAAACUGCUGCUUAGGUUAGGAACAGGAAGUUAAUGCCUUAGGCAUCAGAAGCGACGGCUAUGCGUUCAAAAAUUGUGACCUUUUAGCAGAAAACCAACUUGAGGAAUUGUCACACAACGUGCGUGACUUAAAUAUGCCCUUGAUGUGUUCUAAUUUUUAAUAAACAGGAAGUGAGAAGUCUAAAAAACACAAAGUUUACUUCGAAGGUCCUGCGGCUGGAAAUACCAGGAUACAAUUUGACGGAUGUCCAUUUAUCAUCGUUGGGAGAAAAGUAUGUGACUGCCAGCAUGGCGUGGAACGUGACCGUCACGCCAAGGAAAAGAAAAGGAACUAG